AUGCGGCUGGUCCGUAGUCAAUGGGUUCACGAAUAUGAUCCAACUAUCGAGGAUUCCUACUCCGUCACCCGCAACAUCGAUGGCCACCCCUACGUCCUUUCCAUCACCGAUACUGCAGGCCAGGAGGAGUACCGUGGGCUAUGGUCUGCCUCGACCCUAAACUCGGACGCAUUCCUCCUGGUUUACGAUAUCACCAACCCCUCGAGUCUUGAAACGCUGGAUCAUUUCAUGGAGAUGAUUCAUAUGGAAGCGGAACAACGCGUCGAGGACAACCAGCGACUACGCCAGUUAGGAGAGAAAUCUGGAGGUGUAGGCCAUGUCAGCCAGAUUGGUCUGCCACCGCCAGUUAAAAUCGUCGCGGGCAACAAAUGCGAUCUCAAGGAUAAUCGCGUGGUGACAUCCCGCGACGGACUCGAGUAUGCGCGCAAGCACGGGUGCGGGUUUAUGGAGACCAGUGCUCGCGAGACGGUCAACAUUGAGGAGACCUUUGCCCAUCUAGUCCGUCGCGUUGUCGAAGCCCGCCGACUCCAAAGCCAACAGGGUGCGCUUCCUCCUCAGUGCACCGAGCCAACGCACAAUACCCUACCAACCACCACUGUAGACGAAAUUGCAGGCGAGACCCGAUCCCGUCGAAGUCGCGUGUGGGAGUUUAUCAAACACCGGAAGACAACGGAACCAAAGGGCCAACAGGGUCAGGAACAGAGUGAAAUCCAAAACGGAACCGAAAAACAUCAGGAACCCCGUCAGAGGUGUUAUCGGGGUUGCUGCGUCUGUCAGCUCUGGUGCUUUCACUGCUCUUGUUGA